CACUUUCCCCUUGUGCUGGCCAAAAGAACAUUUCUACGUGGCUUUUUGUUUGCAUCGCAAGAACAAGACUAAAGUGCUGACACAGCGUCACAUCCUCUUCUCUUCUCUUCUCUUCUCUUCCCACAAACAAAUCAUAAAAACAGUCCAAUUCCAAUAUAAUUGUCAAAAACACAAGCGAACAGAGUGAUUAGUGUUUGAAGAAUGGAGUUCAGUUUCGACGAGAAAGACUUCGUAUCGUGCUGUGGAAGCACCAAAUUCGCCAAGGACAUGGUUUUGGCUUCUCCUUUCAGUUCAUUGCAGCACGCUGUUUCUGUGGCGAGGGAUGUUUGGUUCAACAACGUUGAUGUCAACGGUUGGCUUCAGGCCUUCUCUGCCCACCCUCAGAUCGGGAAUACCCAUGCUCCAUCUGUUGCCUCUGAAGCCAGUGCUCAUUGGAGUAAGGGAGAGCAAUCAACUGCUUUAUCUACUGCAACUGGUUCCAGCUUACAGGAACUAUCUCAAUGGAAUGCUCGGUACAGGGAAAAGUUUGGGUUUGUUUUUCUCAUUUGUGCAUCUGGCAGAACCACUGAUGAGAUACUUGCUGAGCUGAAUAGACGAUAUACAAACCGGCCCAUUGUUGAGUUUGAGAUUGCUGCUCAAGAGCAAAUGAAAAUUACAGAACUACGCCUUGCAAAGCUCUUUUCAAGUACAGAAGACAUUUCUUCUAAAAUUGGCAAUUAUUCCACUGCUAAAAAGGCAGAAGAUCGCAUUAGCAUCAUCAGUAGUCAUGUGACUGCUGCUUCAGAGAGUUCAUCAGGUAAACCAAUUCAACAUCCUGCAAGAACUCGCCCUCCAAUUACCACUCAUGUGUUGGAUGUGUCUCGGGGCUCUCCGGCCGCUGGUAUUGAGGUGCUUCUGGAGCUGUGGAGGGGUGUUCAGCCUCGGCCGACAUUUGGGGCCACAGGCUGAGGCAAUUGGGUGUUUCAGGGGUCAUCGACGACGGAUCAAGACGGCCGAAGCGGUCAACUGCUGAGCAUAGUUGACGAUGUGAAUCCAGGAAUAUACAGGAUAAGUUUCAACACUGGGAAGUACAUCCCAAAUGGUUUCUUUCCUUAUGUGUCUAUAGUGUUUGAAAUCAAGGAUUCACAAAAAAGGGAACAUUUUCAUGUUCCUCUUCUGCUUGCUCCAUUCUCAUUCAGCACUUACCGUGGAAGCUAGGAAUAGAGGAACAGUUGCCAAAUGAAUGCCACAUUGUGUGGUGCCUAGAAUGAAUCUCUGAAGAUUUGAUGAAGUGAGCUUGUGUUUGUGACCAUAGAACUUGGUAGAAAAAGGUACCAAAUUUAGAUAGGUAAUAAGUGUAGAAUCCUUGAGUUAAUGCAUGUUAUAUAAGUUCUUUUGAAUCAACAAUCGAGACUUGCAAUA